AUGCACGUGGAGGCGAGGAGAGCCGGUACAUUGUGAGGACACUAUGCCAACACGUAAGUUGCCUGAGCCAGGAUCCUCACACUUGCUGUUAACCGGAUGAAGCUUCGAAUCGGUGCCGUCAAGACAACGAUGCUCAUCGCUCUUUCGAGGGCUUUUCUGUUGUCUAAACCACCGGGCGCAGAGUUCGCAACUAAGGAUCCCAAAGCCCUGGCUAAGCUGAAAAAGGAAGAAUUAGCUGAGAUUUGGGCGAGGAGUGAGGAAUUGGUAAAGGCGUCUUACGCGCGACAUCCGGACUACAACGACCUCAUCCCCGUGCUUCUCGAGAUUGGUAUCUCGGAGGAACUCUUAGUCCGGUGCGGCCUCACCUUACAUAUCCCCUUGCGGCCGAUGCUGGGAAACAUCACUCGUGAUCUCUCAGAGAUGCUCACGAAGCUGCAAGGCCGGGAUUUUACUUGCGAGUACAAAUACGACGGACAGCGCGCGCAGGUCCAUUGUGACUCCAACGGCAAGGUCUCGAUUUUCUCCAGGCAUCUUGAACUGAUGACAGACAAAUACCCCGAUUUAGUAGCCCUGGUCCCCAAAAUCAGGGGGGAGGGCGUCGAGAGUUUCAUCUUGGAGGGCGAGGUGGUAGCCGUCGAUCGUGCCACUGGCGAAUUGAAAAACUUUCAGACGCUCACCAAUCGUGCUCGGAAGGACGUCGCCAUCGGGGCUAUCACGAUCGACGUCUGCCUCUUUGCUUUCGACCUCAUGUACCUCAAUGGGCAGCCCCUCCUCGACCAGCCAUUCCGCCACAGACGGGAUCUGCUGCGGUCACUCUUUGUCGAAAUACCUCACCAUUUCACCUGGGUCAGGAGCCUGGACGCUACCUCUCAGGACUCGGAGUCCGUUCUUGAAUUCUUCAAGUCUGCCCUGGACAGCAAGUGCGAGGGCAUCAUGGUCAAGACGCUCGAUAACCUACCCGACCUGGAGUACUGCGGCGACAAAGAAGGGCCCGAGCAGACAGGCCCCGAACUCAACUCAAGUUUCACCGCGAAGAAUAGCGGUAGCAAAUCUAAACGAAGAGACAACGGCGGCAGCAGCAACAACAACAACAAUAACAACAACAACGGCCCGCCCAAAAGCCGCCGCAAACCGCUCCUGGCAACCUACGAACCCGACAAACGGCUCGACUCGUGGCUCAAGGUGAAGAAGGACUACUCCUCCUCAUCUGACACGCUGGAUCUGAUCCCCAUCGCUGCCUGGCAUGGCCAAGGCCGCAAAGCCAAGUGGUGGUCUCCAAUCCUCCUGGCCGUGCGCAACGAGGAGACGGGCUGCCUCGAGGCCGUGUGCAAGUGCAUGUCGGGGUUCACCGACGCCUUCUACAAGGCCAACCGGGAGUUUUACGACGACGGGGACGAGGACAGCGGAGUCGGCCGGGGGAGGCGCAACACGCACGCGCGCAAACCCGGGUUCGUCGAGUACGCCGGCGGGGUGCCGGACGUGUGGUUCGAGCCAUGCGAGGUCUGGGAGGUGGCGUUCGCGGACAUCACGGUCAGCCCGACGUACACGGCGGCGAUCGGGCUGGCGAAGGAGGAUCGGGGGCUGAGCCUGAGGUUUCCGCGCUUUCUAAGGAAGAGGGAGGAUAAAGGGAUUGAGGAGGCCAGCACGAGCGCGUACCUGGCGGCGCUGUGGAGGAAGCAGGAGGCGAGGGCCCCCCAAGCGGCAGAAACGGCGGGGCAGGCUGCGGAGGAGGAUGAAUUGGACGAUGAGGAGGCGGCGGCGGCGGAAGAGUGAUGGUAGUUCAAUCAACACCAUUUACGGUUUGGUCAAU